AUGGCCGAACCGAAUACCCUCGAAGCGCUGCAGGCUUUCCACCGCGACUUGGCUGCCAUUCGCGAUGGUCGCCCUGAAGGCGUUGACUCCUUGGACAACCCCAUCAUCCAAGCCAUAUUCGAGAGGGAGCUCGAAAAGACAUGGCAACGGUCUCCCAGAGACGAGAAGACCCGUCAGGCUGUCAAGUCGGGCAAGGUCGUGAUCGACGAGGAGGAAUACGCCGUCAACGAUGAAUUCCAACAAAUUGUACUCAGUCUCGCCGACGAAGCCGAAAUAAACGAAAUCGAUGCUAUGCGAUGCCUUCUGGACUCCGAGGAUGAUCCCAUCGCCAUCGCCCGCCCGCUGCUCGAAUGCGCUUUGAUCAGGGUUCACCAACAACGAAGAUAUACUCUGGACAGCGUACGACUAAUGUUCGAGAUCGACGCGCUAGACGACGAUGAAAUUGACCCCGAGAUCCUCAACGGUGUGCAGAUGUAUCUGUCGGCGACCGUCUUCCAAAAACUGCCAGGCGAAACGGCAUCGUCACAAAAGAGGUUGAUUCCGAAGUGCAUGUCGGCGAUCCAGGACGUUAGGACGUGGCUCCAGAAGAUUGCCGACAAGCUGACGGCCGCAGCCGUACUAAUCAACGGCAGAGGUGGGCAAGUACCCGAGGAAAUGGAGACAAUUGAGUUCUCCCGUGUCAGCCUUUACCAGCAGCAUGAGCUUCUCUCCAUGAUCCUGUGCCGCGCAAUCGAGAAGAGGGAUGCCGAAAUUGGCGACUUCAAGGCUUUCCUGCAACACCUGAGCAAUGUGGACAAGUACGACAUUCUCCUUGCACAUCUCUUCCCUGCGCUGGGUGCGUACAUCACACUCUACGGCUCGACCGAAGGGGCUUCGAACCUGAGCAUGGUGAGACUACUCAACCCAAUCAUCUGCCCGCAAGCCGACGAGACAACUCCCUGGCGCCUGGUGUACCUUCAAGCUGCCGUCAAGGCAUGGUGGCUAUCAGAGUACAGCGGGUGGUAUCUGGACGACUCGCUGCUCGGGGGCUUGGAAGGUGUUGAUUUGGACAUAGAGGACAGGCAGAGAUCCAAGCAAUUUUUAGAGGCGUUGAAGGAUGGUGCUUUCGACUUCAUCCUCUCCAUCGCCGCGGAUGUCAAGACGCCCGAGUGGGUCGACCCGUCGAGGAUAACGAUGCGCAACUGGCUCCAACGAAAGGCGCCUCCGCUCAUCUCAGACUCCAUCACAUUUUCAGAGGAAUUCCAGUCGUCCUUGAUGCUCCAGCUGGAGGUCUUCGUCGACGCCUUCAUUUCUAACCUUCCCGACGUCCUCCGGAAACUUCGCGUGGAGGAGGACGAGCAACGUCAACUAAGCCAGACGCACGAACAAGAUCUUGAUCUGGAGCGCUUCCUGGUCAUCAUUGCCUAUGCAUACGAGGGCCGACCAGAAGCAGCAAUGAACUUUUGGUCAGACCCCGAUAGCAAUCUGGCUGGAUUCAUGCACUGGGCAUCACGGAGAGCAUCGACGCCGCUCGUCAGUUCGUUCUGCGAAAUGCUGCAGGCCAUUUCAAGCAAUGAGGAUUGCGCAACGGCCGCGCACGAAUUCCUCUUGGACGAAGGCCACCAUGCCUCUGGCAAGAUGAGGCGGUCACAGUCUCUCACGUGGCACCAAAUAUUCAGAGAACUUGUCUUCUUCUCAAACAAGAUCAGAGAGAAGGCCCAGACCCCGCAAGCUCCAUCAACAUACCGGCCCGGUAGACCCACCAGCGACCAGGCCGAGGCCGAGCCGGAAUCUACGAUGAUGCUGCAGUCCUACUUGCGACUCAUCACCAAGCUUGCGUCCGAAAGCGAAGCCCCCAGGCAAUUCCUCCUCAAGGAGCCCAGCUUCAACCUCGUCGAAAUGCUCUUCCAGCUUGCCAGUAGUCCGAUCCCUGCGGACUUGCGGGCAGGCACUUUCAUGGCUUUGCGCGCCCUCAUCUCACGGAAAACCCAGGAGGAGGCCAACAUUAUGUGGCAAUGUCUGGAGGCCUGGAUGAACGGCGCCUACAUUGUGACGCCAAGUCAGCACCGAUCGCCCCAGAGCUCGCCGAUCGUGUCCAUGGACACCGUUAGUAACGACAUCUGCCACGGCUUUGACGAACCCCACGCCUUCAUCCAGCUUCUGAUCGCGCUCAUUGCGCCUCCAGAGGACAGCAGCCCCCUGAACGAUGGCUUGCCUUUCCCCGAGAACCUUGGCUCGGCGAAUCGCAUGCCAGGCAUCGAAAUCUACGUGGAUACCGUCAUGGGGAAGGUGUUUGCGAACAAGGCCAAAGAAGUCAACGAUGUCAACCAGCUGAGAAUGCUUCGCUUGAGCUGCCUCGAGUUUGCAGCAACCUGCUUGGCGACAUUCAACGAAAACCUCAUCAUUAUUGCCAACGAGACAAACAUCCCCAUUGACUCGGCAAUGGCCGCAACGGACCUGGCCACCUACGUCAAGUUGCACCCUUUUGCCCGAGUCAUGGAGUGGAUGUUCAACGACAAGGUCCUUGCUGCUCUGGCCCAGACCAUUCACCAAGACGCAGUGGACGUUGGCAACGCAGCGCCCACCUCACCAAUCAUCUUGGGCAUCCUCAGAGCUGUUGAGGUGAUUUCCAAGGUGCUGGAUCUCCAAGCAACGUUCCUUGAUCUUGUGCGCCCAAUCAUCAAGAUGCAGUCAAAUCACCGACGGCCUCCUGUGGCCAAUGCGGCAUACGCCUCCUUUGAAGACGGCCUCGUUGGCCAUCUGAGCCUAGUUGUCGACCUCGGAAACUACUGUGGCCUCGGCCAUCCGGAAUUAACCCUGUCCUGCCUGCGACUGCUGCAGAAGAUGACGGCAUCUUUCAAGAUCACCUCUGCGUGGUCGUCCACACCUGGCCGCAAGAGCCAUCGCAACAAAGCCAUCGUCGCGUUGGAGGCGAAUGAAGAGCACGAGGCCAUUGCCAGAGCUCUCGCAGCGGAGCUGAUGACGCCGCUCGACCUUGCUAGACACGCCGAAUCACCCAACUACCUCACCAAAACAUACAUCCUUGAGUUCUUGUCAAGCUGCUUGGCGGCAAGCCCCAACAAGCCUACCAUUGCCCACCUUCUCCUUGGAUUCACCUGUGGCGUCGACACGUUAUCCGUAGCUCCCGAUGGCACCUUUGCCGCCAGAGAAUCGCUCUUCCAUAGCAUGUUGAGGCUUCUCCUGGAGAGCCCACACGGCGAUGCCACGUGCAUGCGUUACUGGCUCAUCUCCUUGAAGAGCAGGUGUAUGCGCAUCUUGCGUGUCUUGUGGACGUCGCCCUUGUCGGCCCCGUUCGUCAUUGACGAGUUACGGGACAACGAUAUCUUGUUCCACUUCCUGCUCCGCGAGGUGGUGAUUCAGCCUCAGCUCCUUUGGGAAGAGCACGAAAUCAGCAUGCCCCAAUUCCCACUCACCGAAGGCGCGCCGACAUUUAUCGACUUCCUUGCCUUGCGCAGCAUGAGCUUAGAAUACAUCUCAAUGGAGCUAUGCAGCAUUUCGCAGAGUCGAAUGCCGUCACUCAAGCGACGCAUCUUCGAGGCUCUCAAUGGCCAGAUUGUGGGCGAGAAUAACGAACCCAUGCCUAUCCCCACAAUAUUUGAUCUAUACGACUUUUCGCUGCCAGACGGCAUUUGGGAUGAGACGCUUCCUUCACUGCAGUUUUACAAGGAUCUCGAUCUCAGCUCAUGCCUCGAGGAAGACGAUCACGGAAACGCCAUAUACAACGUCGAACGGGCGAGAGAGAUUCUACAACUCAAGCGUAGCGAGCGAAGACAUGAUGGUGUUGUGCUCACGGCGCAAGAUUUUGCCACCCUGGAACGGGAAGAGACGACAAUCAUCGACUAUCUCAUCUUCUCCAACCGGCAAAAGCGGAUAGCAUCACAGGGCCUGGGUGUCCUCAAAACAUGGACAAGCCUGCUCCUCGUCAUGGUUGCAUCGAACGAGUUCAAGGGCACCACUGAGGCCUCUUUCUACCUGCAGGCGCUACAAGCUAUCCUACCUGGCUUGGAGGCUUCGGCAUUUGAGCGGCCAGAGGAGGCAAUGGAGCUUUCUAAACUGGCCAGAGUCCUCCUUUUCAGACUCGAUUUGACCGCGCAGCCUUCGCUUGACCGCGAGAGCCAGGCGAUUGGCAGCCUCGUCAGCGACAAGCUUUACCAGCUCUUCCAAAUCUGCCUGCAAGCCAUCGGCAAGUGGUCCGGCUCAUCAGACCUCAGAGCAGUGUACUACAGCAUCUGCUACCGGUACCUGACGGGCAUGGUCGACCAAGGACUCCUCGUCGCCGGCCGCCAGAAGACAAACAAGACGAUUCAGAUGUACGGAGAGAGACUCAUCAAUGUCAUCUGCGACGAUGCGUACGGCAGCGACGCCGCAUGUCAGACGGCUGCCUUUAUCCUUCUCAACGCGUUGGUCAACCUCGGACGACAGGAAGACGACCAGCACAUUGUCGAAACACUCAACCGACUCAACUUUAUCGGGAUUCUCGUCGACUCUCUGCGAACCAUUUUGCAAGACUGGAACGAGAUUGUUCACACGGGCAACGCGGCGCAAGAGACGUACGUUGCCGCAAAAUUUGCGUUGCUCCUGCAGCUCGCCCAGACCAAGUCCGGUGCCAAGUACAUCUUGCACGCGAACCUCUUCCGGUCCAUCGAGGCGUCGGGCUUGUUUGCCGCAGAUCCGGAGCUCCAGAUCAAUCCUUCGAACCCCAAGGCCCUGGAAAAGCACUACGAGCUCCUCGCAAAGGUCACACAGGUCGUAGGCGCGGCCAUUGUCAGUCGCGGCUCGAGCAACGUCCUCCAGGGGCGGAGGUUCCUGACAGAGCAUCGCAUGUUGGUGACGCACACCCUCAAGCGCAGCGCGGGUAUCGGUACCGUUGAGGGAGAGGGCGCGUUGGAGGAGAAUAUUGAGGAGUUGGCGGAAGGAUUCAUGGUCUUGAUUGCCGCGACCGGCUUCCUGGAGUUUGAGAAUGAGGUGAUGCCGGAGCCGAAGAGGCAGGGCCCCGUCUUGUUCACCUAA